AGGCAACUUCUUCAACGGGCCCAUCCCUUCAUCUAUGCAGGAAUUGAGAGGGAUUCGAGUUUUAGACCUCUCUCACAACAAUUUGUCAGGAGAUAUUCCACAAUUUCUUGAGAAUCUGAACUUGGAGUACCUGAACCUCGCCUUCAACCAGUUUUGGGGAGCAGUACCAACUGGCGGUGUUUUUAAGAAUGCAACUGCGACUUCAGUUGCUGGAAACGCUAGACUCUGCGGAGGUAUGGCUAGUCUUCGACUUCCUCUGUGCAAGCUUAAUGACUCUAAAGGAGAAAGGCUGUCUCGUAGAAUGAAACUUAUGGUCUCUUUAGUCUCUGGGUUCACUUUAUUGGGACUGGUUGUGGUGCUAUCUCUUUUUCUUCUUGGUAAGAAAAGGAGAGAAACUAAUUUAAGCAGUUUGGGGAACUCUGUUUUGCAAGUUUCAUAUGCUACACUCCUCAAAGCUACCGAUGGUUUUUCUUCAGCUAAUUUGAUUGGUGUGGGUGCUUUUGGGUCUGUGUACAAAGGAAUCCUUGCUGAUGAUAGAGUUGCUGUUGCUGUGAAGGUGCUUAACAUGCUACACCGGGGAGCAGCUAAGAGUUUCAUGGCCGAAUGUGAGGCAUUGAGAAAUAUCAGACAUCGAAAUUUGGUCAAGAUCUUAACUGCAUGUUCAAGUAUUGAUUUUGGCGGCAAUGAUUUCAAGGCUCUUGUUUACGAGUUCAUGGACAACGGGAGCUUGGAAGAUUGGUUGCAUCCAUCUAGUGGAACUAGAGAGGUAACAGAAGCACCCAAAAGUUUAAGUCUUAUUCAGAGGCUCAACAUUGCCAUUGAUGUUGCCAGUGCAUUGGAUUAUCUUCACAACCAUUGUGAAACACCGAUCGUUCAUUGUGAUCUCAAGCCAAGUAAUGUUCUCUUGGAUGGUGACCUGACUGGACAUGUUUCUGACUUUGGGUUGUCAAGGUUUCUCUCAGAACCAACCAUGACUGUUUCUGGAAAUCAAUCAAGCUCCAUUGGAAUUAGAGGAUCGGUUGGUUAUGCUGCACCAGAGUAUGGUAUGGGAAGUGAGGUAUCCACAUACGGGGAUGUCUACAGCUUUGGCAUUCUCUUGUUAGAAAUGUUUACGAGGAAGCAACCCACUGAUUACAUGUUUAGUGACAGCUUAAAUCUUCAUAAUUAUGUGAAGACAGCUCUCCCUGAACUAGUUUCAGAGAUUUCAGAAUCACUUGUUCUUCAAGAAGGCACCACCAAUGUCACUGAAGCUCACAGGCACAGCCGAUUGAGUGUGAGAGCACAGAAAAUUGAGGAGUGCUUGACUCUGAUACUUGGUAUAGGAAUUGCAUGUUCUGUUGAAUCCCCCACAAACAGAAAGGAUAUCAGUGAUGUUGCAUCUGAAUUGCAAUCCAUUAGGCGCAAUCUUCUCAACUAGAACCUUUCAAAUUAUUAUGUCUUGUG